AAUGGCUUCCAGUAAGCCUGCCUGUCACAACAUCAAUUAACACACAUAUCUACCCAUACAGUGAGGGAGGGGUUGAUGCAUAGAGUAAACUAUAUAGCUUGACAAGAAGUCACAUGAUCAAUGGGCGUCAUAAAUCGGGUCACUUUUAUAAAUAAGCGUUGUGCGCGCACGUCAAGACACAAGAGCAGGUGCACGCGUCAUAAAUGAGAAAGAAUUCAACGAGCGUGUGUCGUCUCCUUUAACGCGCUCUCGUUCACUUGUGUAUCAAUCUGUGCGCUGUUGCCAACUCGGGCGCUUCGUGUCGCCAUCCUCCGCCAGUUCCGUUACGAGCUUAUCAUCACCGGAGCAUCGCAUCAGACCAGACUGCCGUCGGGCGACUCCGGGCGUGUCCGUCUGCCGUGAGCGAACAAGCGAGCGCGUGCGUGUCAAGAAAGCGCGCGUAUAAAACCGUUAGGGAACGUAAAUAAAAUGUUUGGAAAUCGAAAAGCGUCGCAUCUUCAUCCCUAGAUAGUUGUUUAUCGGACAAAAGCAUGAAGAAGCAUCACAGCCCCGCAAAGGGACCGCCGGAAGUCGCCGUACCAGACACCGAGGCGACCAUACAACAACUCAACAAGCUGUUGUCCAACGGUAGCGGUUUCUACAGCCUGCCAUCACAUCACUUCAACGAGGUGUUUCCCAGGAUUUACAUCGGCAAUGCGUUUGUGGCCCAGAAUGUGAUGCGCCUGCAGCGGUUGGGUGUGACACACAUACUAAACGUUGCAGAGGGAAACUCUUUUAUGCACGUCAACACCAACGCAGAGUUCUAUGCAGGAACUGGAAUCACAUACCACGGCAUACAGGCCAAUGACACGGAGCAGUUCAACAUCAGCGCGUUCUUCGAGGAAGCAGCAGACUUCAUUGAUAAGGCUCUGGCACAUGGAAAAGGAAAGGUGUACGUUCACUGCCGCGAAGGAUACAGCCGGUCCCCCACUAUCGUACUCGCUUACCUCAUGCUCCGUCACAAGAUGGACGUACGAGUCGCCACGGCUACAGUAAGGCACAAGAGAGAGAUUGGCCCUAAUGAUGGAUUCCUACGCCAGCUAUGCCAACUCAAUGAAAAGCUGGCACAGGAGGGCAAGUUGAAGACUAAAUGAAGGGAAUUUUGGUUUUUUAGAUGUACACAUGCAGUCGCACAUGGUCUAAAAAGUGUGCAGCCGUCUAAGUAUAUUAACGGAAUGUAUGCAUACAUUUGAUAUGAUCAAACAGAGCAUAUGCAUGGAGGUAUACAGUGAUUUCAAACAUACACUCCUACAGACACGUAUAGUUCACACCCACAAAGUGUUGUUAGUUACAAAAAUAAUCAAUCCUGCCUACAGCUGGCUGCUAAAUGGGAAAUCUACUGGCAUAUCUAGAUUAUUAAGACUGUAUAAGGAACAAGGGCAGAGUUUUUUAUGUCAUCACAAUUCUCAUUUUCCAUAUUAGUGGCGAUCUCUCAUCAGGACCACCUUGAAGCCUAAAGCAUUCCAGUAAAGCCAACUGUUUGUAUAUCUCACAAAUUCAACUUUUGGAGCAAAACAUGCCCAGCAGUCACUGGUAAAGAUUGUAGAGUAGAGCACAAUCACUCUGCAGGCCAUUCCUAUUUGUAUGUAGAAGAAAAUGAUAUUUAGGUAAAAACAAUGAAAAUUGACCUUUUACAACCCAUUUACAGAAACUUACAGCCAGAUUUGUGAUGGCUUACAAGCAUUUUAAAUCAGGAGUUAAAACAACCAUUGACUCGCCAAAUAACAUUCCACGUUGUACCAAGAAGUAGCAUACAAUCAACAAGAUAUAAUUACCAUUAACAUGAUUCAACGAACACGGUUCAAUGCACUGACAAUGCAUCAGCCCAUUAGAUCUGUUUUCUCUGGAAUCACUUGCCACUGAUUCACUGCCAGUCUCAUGCCGCACAUUACAUCCACCGUGAGAUCAUAUUAGCCAGCCUUGACCAGAGAGACAUGUACAGUACAGCAGAAAAAAGCCACUGCUACAGUAUGUCACCUGUCUAAUGAUGUGCCCUUAUGCGAGGUUUGUGACCUACAGUCUCAGUGCCCCAGCUCAGAGGGUCACAUGGUUCAGUGCAAAUUUUGAUGUCUGUCUAUUUGAAGUUGGUGUAAAUUGGCAUGUUGAAGAAUUAGAAAAGGUUUAGCGCAUAACCAUGUUAUUUAAAACCACAUUGAAUUUACUGAUGUUGAUGCUGUGCUUAAAGUCUAUAUUUAGUGGACACUUAAGCCCGGACUAUAGUCUGUUUUUUUUUACGGGUACGCGAACAUAUGCAUGCGCACGAUCAAAUGCACAGCCUUGCAAAGUAUGGUUUAUUUGACUUGUACUUGUGCAGUUGUCGCACCCCUGUGAACAUUGCAACAAAAUGCAAUGCAUCCUCCUUGGCUUACCAACUACAUUCUCCUGUAGGCACAUGCACGAUUUUACCCUAAAAAUGUUUGUGGUUGAAGUAUAGUCCAUUUUUUACGUAUACGCGAUAGUUUGUGUACAGUGCACAUGAUGCAUUUUUCGUAAUCGGAUUUUUGACACAUACAUUGUACAUGUAGAUCGCGCAUGCGCCUACAGGAGAAUGUAGUGUGUAGCUCAGAAUAAGCAUUGCAUAUUGUCACAAUGCGCAUGCAUAUCUGUGUACAUGUACAAGUCAACUCAGUUGAAUUCAAUUUUAUUUAUAUAGCGCUUUGCACAAUUGUUGUUUCAAACAGCUUUACAUGAAUAGAUGCAGGAGAAAACAGAAAAAUCGAUGGACAACAUAAGCAGCAGAAUACAGCGGCUAAUAUUAUACCAUACUAGCGAGCAUAGUAACAAUGUAACGUAUAGACUGUUUCAGCAGUAACAACAUAAACAAGCAGCUGUCGCGGUCCGCACGCAACUUCCGGUAAACUCCGUUAAGAAUAAAUAACAACAAAGUUCUUUAAACGUAGUUUAUUUAUAUAACAAGCAAAAAAACAACACAUAGAUUACCUAGGAAACCAAAACAUUUGUUAUAUUCGACAAGGCAUUCUUUCAAGAGAUUAGUUUAGUAACUAGUCAGAACAUUAAAAAACGAAACCGGAAGUAAGGUUCGGAUCCAGACGUGUAUCACGUGCAUCCGAUGAAACCGUCUAUAGAAGAUGGUGUUAUGUUAAGCCAAUGUCAGCUGAACCCCCAGGGGUUGAAAAAUAACCCUAGGCAGUCCCUCCAGAAAAACGCGAUUAUGCAAUCGCAUGAUUCAAUGCAUAAUCAGCCAAAGCUCGCAUAUUUAUGCAGGGGCCGCAUUUUUUAAAUACGCCGCACUUUUGCCGCAUAAAUUGCAGAUUUCUGCUUGGAAAAUAAGCGGGCUUGCAUGAUUUCAUAAUCCCCACAUUUUCAUAGCAAAAAGUCAUAAAUAUCCAAGCAGAAAGUUGAAUUUUUUUAUUUACUUCACACAUGCGCAGCUAUGUCCCCUGUUGUCAUGGGAAUGUUAGGAAGUGACGUAAUUACACGAAGUGGACAUCAAUGAAAAGCUGCAAACAGUUUUUGCAAGUUCCCGCAAUUUUGGCAAGUUCCCGCUAUUUCAUUGCAUAAAAUUGCAUAAAUAUCCCGGAUAUUCCAUAGCAUUUUUUUUUAAGAAAAUGUGCCGCAAGAUCAAUGAUUUUUGCCUGCAACAAUCAUAAAAAACUCUGCGUUUUUCUGGAAGGGCUACCUAGGAGAAAACCCCUCCUGAAAAAAUCCUAGGAGGGAAAAAAUAUAUACACAAAUAAUAGAUAAAACGGGGGCAGCUGAUGGCCGUUGGUCAGACAUCACGUUGAAGGAAGGCCAGUAGAUCAGUGGUGUGAUGACCUUCACGUCAGCAGGAACUGGUCCUGUUUGUCUCAUUGUCCUUGGGAUCGAGGACGAGACAGGGGGUCAAAUAAACUAUACUUUGCAAUAGGGCUGGGCAAAAAAAAAUCGAUAUUUCGAUUAAUCGGUUUUUUUUACGUGGUCGAUUCAAAAUCAUUUCUCAAAGAGCAGAAUCUUUUUUUUAAUAUAUAUAUAUAUUUAUUUUCAUUUUCGCAAACAUUGAAUGUAAGAUUAACGUUAAUCUAAUUACUAGUCUUCUUCACUAGAUGUCACCCUCUUUUUUGAGAGCCUGUCAUUCAUUCAUUCAGUGCUGAAAAUGGCGGUUUCACAUAAAAAGUCCGAGGUAUGGAAGAAUUUCAGAUUUCGCAAGCAAGACGACGACGAUAGUGUUGUGGCUUUUAAUUUCUUUUUAUUAAUAACCCACAUGUAAACUGCUGUUCACUGUUCACGAGUUGAAUCGAGUAUAAAAAUUGACCCGAGAACCAGAAUCGAAAUUGAAUCGAGAAUCGAAAUCUAAUCGAUUUGAUAGCUUGUGAAUCAAAAUCGAAUCGAUCUGGAACAUCUGAAUCGAUACCCAGCCCUUCUUUGCAAGACUGUGCGUUCGACCGUGCAUGUGAAAACAGACUAUACUAUGGGCUUUACAGUACAUGAGAUUGAAAUUGUAAUGGAUUUUGCUGCACUGUUUGUUUCAGUUUUUAAUGGGGUCAUAUCAUAUUUGUUACACUUAUAAUGUUAUUCUAGAAUUUAGGCAAAAAACUACCUUGCACCACCUUUUUGCUCCUUAAAAUUAUCCGAGUAAUUUUUGCUGCUGUGCCUUUAAGACUUAUAGGUGCAAUAGGUGCAGCGGACAAAUAGAUGUGGGCGGUCACAUUACCAAGGAUAUCAGAAGGAAGAUUUCCAACAUUUAUUUUAAAAUAAAAACUUGAUUUUUUUAUGAUAUGACCCCUUUAAAGUAAGAACAGCAUCACUUGGUAUAAGUGUAUGUCAUCAUAUUAGUUUGAUCUUUAAAGGGGACCCUUGGGGAUCUAAGCAUUUAUUAUUGAUUAAGCAUUUUCCAACAUCAUAAAAUAAUACAGUACAACUCUUAGACUAGAUUAUAACACAGAAUAUUACUUAUGCCUCUUUUUAUAUUUAUAUAUUCCAGAUAUAUACUUGUAUAUACGUAUUUAGAUGUUGACAUAUAUGAAUGUAUAUGAACCGUCCAUAAUUUGUGUAUACAGCAUCUGUUCAGUAUCUGUCUAUAGAAAUGUCAGCUAUAUUGUAGUCAACAUUUUAUUUAUUUUGAAGCUUCAUGAAAGCAUUUAGAUGCUUAUUUUGUUUCAUACACUUAAUUGUUUGCUAAAAGCUUUCUUAUUUUUAUAAACAUAUUUUAAUGUUUUUCUUUCUACUAUGAUGGAAAGUGGCAUAUUUUGCUAUUUUGUAUUAUUGCGUUGUAUUAGAGGAUCACAGUUUGUUUUAAUAGCUAACAUUGGUUUAAGCUACUUGUCCAGUUAAAUCCACAAUAACUUUUAUCUGUAUAUAUAUAUAGUAUUAAUAGUAUCCAAGCAUACCGACUAUAAACAUUCCUUUAUUAUAAUCUGGAGACUUAGGCUUUACACAACCUAACUAACUGUAGCUAUGAAAACCUGUGUGCCGUCACAAAACAACUGAACCAAUGAAGAUGGUCUGUGCCAAGCAAACUAUGGGAAUUUAUCAGUCAUUAUGAGAUGUCUGAACUGAAAUCUGCCUGUGCUUUGAGUCUGUAGCUGCAACUUUUAACCUCAAAAAGCGACAAUUUCACACGAGCAGAUUUGGAAGAAUAUUAUAUCAAGAUGCUUUUGCUAGCCCUAUACUGGCUUCAAAUGAACACACCCUGAAAAUGGAUUUGUGGAAGGAGAAACACUGCCAUCUGCUGUCGAAAACCAUGUGUGGUUUGCACAAACUGUCCUGCUAUGUAUUGCCUUUUAUUUGUAUGUAUCAGAUUGUACGUUACACAUAGAUGUUAUAAACAAAAAUGUAAUCUUACAGGGACGAUUUAAUGAAAAUGGUUAUACUACUAUAUGGCUUAAUGAUGUCAAUAGUAUACUGUAUACAUUACAAUGAAUCACAAUGCUGCUUGGUCAUUUUGUAUUUAUGUCUCAUUAUCAAGAUGUGAUCAUUUAAACUUUUUAAUAGUUUUAAUUGGAUAAUAAUAAUACAGAUGUUGAGAAAACGCUACCUAAGGCUGUAAAUGUAAAUGCAAACUGUCCAAGGUAUAAUGCUAAAUUGUGCUUGAAGUAGGCUUUGCUUAAACGCUCAUAUAAGAAAUGUAUUUUUUACACACAUAUACAAGCACAUAGUUGCAAUCAUAUAUACAUACACACACACAUACUGCUGACUACAUGUAACUCUAUAUCGUCUGUGUGCCGUCUCUUCCUCCUGUAUGAUUUGUGUUGUUAUACUGUAAUGUGAUAUUGUAAACGAUUGACCGUUUGUUUGCUGUAAAGGACACAGAAACUUCAGCGUUAACAAAUUUGGCAGGAGGGUUUGGCACAAAUGUUCACACUCUCAAAUGAUCUGUUAACAUUUAGUUGAUUGACUGAUUUACGACGUUAUGGAAUUGAUUUAUUUGGGAUUUGAUCAGGAAAGGAAUAGGGAAUGGAGGUAAAAUGAAUGAAUUCACAGAACACAGGCUGUCUAAACAUCCCACCUUAAAGCCUUAUCCUGCAGAUGGAUUGUAUAUUUUUGAUUAAUGACGCAAAGCAAGGUGAACAGCAUCUGAAGAGACUUUGUUGAAGUGCACUUGAUUAAAUUAGUUAUUUUUCUUACAUUGGAAAAACUGCUUUUCCUUUUAUGAUGUAAAAAUAAAUGUCUAAAAUUUAAA